GGUGGCAGCACUAGUGCGACAGAAGCGUGCUGAAGGUGCCAAACUACGUGUCAUGGGGGUUGCGCACUCGUGGUCGAACGUGUUGCCGGACGAUAACACGGAUGUAGUGUUUCUGGACAACUUCAAGCUGAUUACCCAGAGCCCCAACGACUACAGCAUCGUCACUGUACAGGCUGGUGUACUGCAAAGCGAACUGGCUGACUGGGCUGACAGUCCCGCGCGCGGCUAUGGACGUUUCUCUUACUUGUAUCAGAACACCUUGGUACAGCCUAUCACCUUCGUGGGGGCAUGCCAGACAGCAUCGCACGGGUCAGGCUUCGUACCUCCCACCCCUGACUACAUAAUUGCUAUGACCAUCAUUAAUGCGAAUGGAGAAAUAAAGUUUUACGACAGCUCUCACCCCGAUCUGCGUGUUAUGGCAGCAUGCCUCGGCAUGUGCGGUAUCGUAUUGGAUGUGACGGUACGCUUCAACCCCGACACGAGCGCCACGAUGGUCACGCAAACCAAGAUGCAGUACUAUGACCUCUUUCCUCCUCGAGGCGUGCCUAUCAAUGACUCGUACAACCCGCUCAAGCACUUCAUCGAGAGUCACGCAGGUGGGGCUAUCAAUUACUCUCCUUACAACAGCGCCCUCCUCCGCUCAGCCAAGUUGGACGUUAACAUGAUCGAAGAAUACCACCAAAGCGACGGAGUUUGGGCGCACGCCGUCGAUAAUCUACCCGGUACCCCGGUGUGCCCCUCGCGCGACGGACUGCCCAUCUGGGGCACCCAGCACGAACCUUUCUACGACAAGGACCUUUUCGUCCCGGAGGACUGGCUGAUGAACAUCCCGGGCUCCCGCAUUCACCGCUCCUUCAUGGGCGACUGGCGCCUGAACAGCAAAUGGGCCAACUACUCCCCCUUCAUGGGUCAGGUAGUCAACAACCAGGUCCUCUUCAUGAACCCGCCUUCCUUCUCGUACCGGACAUCCGUGACGUACAACACAUCGAAUGCCGGGUCCACCCACUUCUUGCGGUAUAUCGACGGUAUCACAUCCGGACUGGACUUUGAGUUCGCCUUCAAGGUCGACGAUGACUUUGGAAACAUCUACGAGGCGUGGCGAGUCAUGAUCGAGGAGAGCGAGAACAUGUGGCGGGAGAAAGACAUGAUUCCUCUCAACAUCUUCGCGGCGAUUCGGUGGGUCGGGGCCUCUGAGUGCCCGCUGUCUCACGCCUUCGGAAAACCUGGGGAGCGCUUUGCCAUGCUCGAGCCCACGUCAUCGCACGGCACGACUGGGUGGGAAGAAUACCUGAAGCGAGUAAUGGCUCGAUGGACCCAGAUCCGCUCAAAGGAUGGGAGCCUGCCCAAGCCGCACUGGGCCAAGUGGUACAAGGACUGGACUCCCGAAGUCAUCCCCUACAUCAAGCAGGUCUAUGCCGCACAGAUUCAGCGAAUCCGCCCGGUGGUCCUCAGACAGGAUCCAGAGGGCAUCUUCCGCACGUCAACUUUAUGUGACAUCUUCGAUCUGCCGUGCUUGAAUUGUUGACAGUCCCUUUCAGGGACUGGAAUUUGUAGCGAUUCCGGAAGGGGACAAGCUCGAAAGGGGAGCUUAGAAUAAGUAUACGGUUGAGGUUUCGCCGGAAUGCUUUACUUGGAAGGACUGGGAUGCCUUUCAGAUGCCCCGGAUACGUACAUCACCACUCGUUCGUGUACGCGUCGGCAAACUUUCACUUUGGGGAAGGGAUGAAUACUGAAUAUUGUUUAUGAUUAUGAAAGCCACACAUUUGUAAGUGAAGGGUCACGUUAUUUAAAAAGGGGUUGAAAAGGGAGAAAGCUAAAACGACAAGUUGCUGAGAUGUGUGUUCACUAGACCGUGCACACCACAUGUGGUGUGCUGCGCUGAUACCACUUAAAAAAGAAAGCAA